AUGUCGACACAGAAUGAGCCACUACCUUUCAAAUGCAUCGGCAUCGUCGGAGCCGGCAACAUGGGCUCCAACAUGGCGUUUGCCUUCUCGGAGAUCGGCCUGGAUGUGUCCAUUUGGGACGUCAAUCACAAGAAUGUGGAUGAGGUCAUCAAGGGCGCAAAGGAGGAGAACUACAAGGGUAAGAUCUCGGGAUACUAUAAAAUUGAGGAUUUCACGAAAAGCUUGGACGGCAGGGAUGAUCGCAAGCUGUUCAUCUUCUCGAUUACGCAUGGUGCCCCCGCGGAUAACGUCUUGGGCGCGAUAAAGGACUUGCUGAACCCCGGAGAUAUUAUCCUCGACGGCGGGAAUGAGAACUACCGGCGCACGGAGAGGAGGCAGAAAGAAUGCGCAGAUCUCGGGGUGGUUUGGAUUGGAAUGGGUGUGUCGGGAGGAUAUCAAGCGGCACGUCGGGGACCGAGUUUGUCGCCUGGGGGCGAUGCGAAAGCACUGCAGCUUGUCAUGCCAUUGCUGGAACGAUACGCAGCCAAAGAUUCAAAGACGGGCAAGCCGUGUGUCACGCGAAUCGGACCUGCAGGUUCGGGUCAUUUCGUGAAAAUGAUGCACAAUGGCAUCGAGGGGGGAAUGCUGUCCACCCUUGCGGAGGCCUGGUCCAUCCUUCACUAUGGACUGGGCUUCAACUAUGACGAGAUCGGGGACAUUUUCGACAAGUGGAACCAUGAAGGGGAACUACGAAACAAUUACUUACUCGAAAUUGCGGUGGACAUGCUGCACACCAAGGAAUCUGACGGAUACGUGCUGGACGAAGUCCUUGACAAAGUUGUACAGGACGACGAUAAUACCGAAGGAACGCCGUUCUGGUCCAUCAUGGAUUCGGCUGCCCGACAUGUGUCUGCUCCUUCUCUAGCCACCGCCCAUUACUUGCGAGUGGCCAGUGGAAAUCGCGCAGAACGAGUUGAGUCUGCGAAGAAGCUGCAGCUACCGAGCCCUCGAGUUAUCGAGGGAAUCCAGGAUCGCAAAGCUUUCAUUGAGACUCUGCGGCGCGCAGUCUAUUGCACCUUCCUGGCCUCAUUCUGCCAGGGUCUAGAAUUGAUUGCACGCGCAUCUCAGGACGAAGGCUGGGAUAUUGACCUGGGCAAAUGCCUGCAAAUCUGGCGCGCAGGCUGUAUCAUCCGAUCCGAGGCCAUUGCUGAUCUUCUACAGCCGGCACUGACCGGCGCUACGCGCCUCACCAAUCUGAAAAACGUCGACGAGAUUGCGCAAGAGUUGCACAAGGAUUUCCCCAGUCUCAAGGAGCUCGUGAUCCAAGGAACCGUCUAUGACCAGUAUAUCCCUUCGUUCUCCGCGACUCUGGAAUACCUCAAGUAUGUCGGUGGCACGGAACUGCCCACGAAAUUCAUGGAAGGGCAGAUGGACUUCUUCGGGGCUCAUUCAUAUGACAGGCCCGGGGUGGAAGGAGAGGAUCCGGGACCGGUGAGAAAGGGGCCUCAUCAUUACGAAUGGCGUCCUGCUUAG